AUGAAGGAUGUUAGUCUUUGGAUAAUUCCUAAAGUUGUUUUGAAUCACUCACAUCCUCGUUGUCCAAACCAGGUUAGCAUAUUCGUGCAUCGCACCAUCGAAAUCCACGAGGAAGCCAGAAUCAGACCGAGCAAAACUUACCAAUCAUUUGUGGCAGCAGCUGGCAGCCACCGUGAACUAGGUUUUAUAGAAAAAGAUGUUAGAAAUUACAUCACAAGGGAAGUACGAAAUAUUUCUGAAGAAGACGAUGCCAAAGAAUUUGGGAAGUACCUAGUAAGAAUGAAAGAGAAGAACCAAAAUUUCUUCUUUGAGCUCAACCUUAAAGGAGAUCACUGCAUUAAACAUGCAUUCUGGGCUGAUGCAAGAAACAGGGCUGCAUUUGAUUAUUUUGGAGAUGUGGUUUCAUUUGACACCACCUAUAACACAAACCGGUACAAUUUGGUUUUAGGGAAGGCACCAAAAGGUAUUCUUACCGAUCAAUGCGCAUCGAUUCAAAUGGCAAUUGAGCUGUGCAUGCCAACAACAAUUCACCGCUGGUGCAUCUGGCACAUUAUGAAGAAGAUCCCAAGCAAAUUAAAUGGCUACAAGGGACACAACAAAAUUGAACAAGAGAUGAGCUAUGUUGUUUGUAACUCAUACAUAAAAGAAGCAUUUGACAGAAACUGGAUCGAUUUCCUCAAAAAGUACGGCCUCGGAGGCAACAAGUGGCUUUCAGGUUUCACAACAUAUGAAGUCAUAGAGCAGGUUUCCAAUUCCAUAUUCAACAAAUUUGUAAUCACCUACGACGCAGUAUCACGAGAUGUAAAGCAUCAUUGCUUGCAGUUUGAGUCUAGAGGCAUAUUGUGCCGCCAUUCCUUAAGUGUCCUAAGCUUUGAGCGAGUCGAUAACGUGGCACCGAAAUACAUACUGGACAGCUAA